AAACGAGAAGAAGUGCAAACGUCUCAAGCGGAAAAUCAAGUUGUACAUAUUUUAGUUGCGAACAGAGGAGAAACGAACGAAGUGAAAGAUAGAGCAACGCAUGAUUACAAAGUUGAAUGAAGUUGAUAUUUGCAAGAAAAUCUAAAUAAAUCACGGAUUUGUGUGAGUGUAUAAGUAAAAGGCGCGAUAAUUAAUUGGCAUUAACCGUGGCCGAGACGCGCUGUUAAAGCCUAACCCACUUUCUAAACGACAAAAGUCAAAAUAAACAAAUUUGACAAAAGCCUACGAAACAAAUUAACAAGCAAAUAAUGUUAGAAGAAGCAAAAUAAGAAGAAGAACGUGCCAGUGAUUCAUUUCAAUUUGUUUUUUUGUAUUUACUUGUUUAUUAAUUCCAAUGGGAAUUCUAACUAACAAAACGAAAACCGAUACGUGCUGAGAAAACGCGAUAAACAAAUACAAAAGUUGACUUUAAACGCAUUUAACCAAUACCGAGACGCCCUCGCCAAAACCGCAGCAAUUGCAACGAAUACAGUGCUGAGCCUAAAAACGAGUUAACACCCAACAACAACAACUAAGCCAAGCUGUUGGCCAAAAGAGUUCUGAGAGCUUCGCUGGACUGAAUGCACAUUUCAUAAUCUGCUGGCAAGAAAUUUUUUUUAGCACCUUUAACGUGUCUAAACUGCCGGUUUCACAUUUCACCUAAAAAAAAAACAACAACAAAAAAACGCACACCCUGCUACAUAAUACAGCACUGCACUGCACAAAAAAAUAAUAAUAAUCUUUUUUUGUUUGCUAAUUAUUUGGCCGUCUGGCACAUUUUUGCGCUGUUUACGCUUACGCUGUGAAAUUUUUGUGUUGAUCAACAUAAAACUAAAAAAAUAUACCAUAAACUUUUUGCCGGUUUGCAUAAAAAAGCAUCAGGCAACAACAACAACAACAACAAUUGGCGUAGUCUAAGUGCUUAAGGAACAAAGUUCAAGCAGAAUAUGGCCCAGGGCUAGUCUCCACAUCCAGCAACAGAAUAAGCAAGAAAAUGUCUUCAUCGAUUUGUGCGCACUUUACGCAGAAUGCCUGGAAGAAGGAUCUCUGCUCCAACUGCUUCAAGUCCAAGGAUGAGCACAAAGCGGCAGCCGCCGCUGCUGCAGCUGCUGCUGCCGCCUCAGCAACAGCCAAGCCCAGCGCGCUGGCAAACACAAAGACUGACUAUCCCAACAAGCACAAGACGCCAGCCAAGAGUAUUAUCAAGAAAGCCUUUGGUGUGCGCCUUAGCAGCUCCAGUUCCAGCAAACUGAGCAGCAGUUCCAAGUCCAGCAAAGUUUGCUUUCCCAAGCAAAUGCAUGAGGUGAUUGGCUACGGCGGCGAGUGGUCGGAUGAUGACGAUGAUGACCAUGACUUUAUGAAUCUGGGCAAUGAGAGCGACGACAUGGCCGUAACCGAAACAGACGAUGAGGAGACCAUCGAGCUAAAGCGCAUUACGCGCGCCAACACAGACUUUAAUAUGAACAAUGGAAAUCUGCUGGGCGAUGCGCAGGACAACAUUAAAAAGUCGUUUGCAGCGCUCAAGCUGGGCGCACCACAGGUGGACAAGGAGGGCAAGAAGCAAACGCUGACCAUCAAUGUGAUGCCGUUCGGGCAGCCACUAAAGGCAACAGCAGCCAAGACAGCAGCAGCAGCAACAGUUGCAGCUGUUACAACCACAGCAAAGGCCAAAACAGCAGCAGCAACAAUUGUAAGCUCAACAGCAACAGCAACUACGAUUAAGAGCAGAGUAACAACAACACUGACGCCCACGUUGGUCAAGAGCACGACAGCAACAUCAACGACACGCGAUGGUAAAGAUAGUCCGCCCAUAGAGCGAGCCAUGGAGAAAUCUCUGCUCGAUGAAAUCUCCGAGACGUUACAGCAAAAACAGAAGCAAAAGCAAGGCGAGACAGUCAUAACAACAACAGCAACAGCAGCAGCGACGACAGCAACAGCUGCUGUCAAUAAAAUAAAAUUUGAAUUAAGCGCGCUUAGCGACUCACCGAAGCCAUUUCUCGACCUUAAGAAGCCAAUCGCGCGUAAUGCGCCCAUAACCAAGGAUCAGACCAAGCCCAAGGUCAAUGUGUGCCACAAAUAUUCCGACACGGACAGCAACUGCUCGGAUACCGAGAAUGGCGUGUCCGCUUACUACGAUGUAGUUGAAACACAGCUGAGCUAUGAAAAUCUGCCCGAUGGCAAGUUCGCUGAGCAAGUGGGCGUGGCCAGCGUGCAAACAGACGCCAGCAAUGCGCACUACUCCAGCUCCCAAUACAUAACGGACAUGCUGCUCAGCUCGAAGACACGCGCCGCCAGCUACAAUCUGCACGAGGGCAACUUUAUGACCAGCAAAAUAACCUCGGAUGGCUUGAUAGUGACCAAGUGCAGCUCCGAUGAUGCGCUCGACUCCACGGGCAGCAGCUUCGACGGCAGCAGCGAUGAGGAAAACGCCUACAACAUGAUACGCAGCGAGUCCGACUCGGGCAUUGGCAUUAGCAUUGGCAGCGAGUACAAGAACUUGCCCAACAGUGCAGCCAAGGCGAGCAAUGAGCCGAGAUCGCUGGCGGAGAAGAAGCUCAGCGCCAGCACCAACAACUCGGACUACGAGGAUAUACAAAUAGGCGAUCAGUCGAGCAAGCAGACAGCAGUGAAAAGUCGCGAGCUGCAUGGCGAGCCCGAUGGCAGCGCUGAUCCGGACAAUCGCCUGGAGCAGCAGCAGCAAACAGCAAAGGAGCCGGAGCAGCAGCAGGAGCAACAGUUGCCUGCAUUGCCCAAAUCACCACCGCCACCCAUGAAAUGCGAUGCGCGUCCUUCAUUUCUGCAUGGCCUUAAGAAGCCCGAGCUGCCAGCCAAGCCAUUUGUCAGCAACAGCAGCAGCAGCAGCGGCAGCAACAGCAACACGCCGCUGAAAAGCUUCAUGAGCAAGCGUCAAGCCAGCUGCGCUGAACAGCAAUUCAUUAGCCAGCUGCAGACGGCCAUUUCCAAAUCGAGCGAGAAUCUGCUGUUGGCUGCUGAGUCAGCCAAAGAUGAUGCAAAGGCAAAGAAAGGCAAAGCGCCAAAUCCGCCGCCAGAGCCAAAGCUAAGCGCGCCGCCUACGCCAGAGCGCGACUAUAGUCUAACAGUGGAGUUUGAGCAGGCAACCAAGUCGUUAGCCAAUUCAGCGCCAACAACAGCAGCAGCAGCAACGACAACAGUUGCUGACAGCAACACAACAGCAAUGGCUACAAGCACAAUCAACAGCAGCUUGUAUACCAAAAAGCCAGUUGUAGCCGCCGCUGCGCCAGUUAUACGCGAAAAGGACAAACGUGAGCGCGCUGUGAUCAAUCCCAAGUUUCGCAGUCUCAACACUUUUGUCAUGCAACGCGCCAAUGCCGCCAAGCAGCAGCAGCUGCAAUCGGCCAGCUCCGUGCUCAAUCUGCAGCAGCCAAUGACGCCUGAGCCAACGCCACGCCAUCCGCGUCAUCUGUCCAUGUCCGAGGAGUGCCUUACAGCUGCUGCUUUGAUGGAGCAGAACAACAAGAAAUGCGCCACGGCUUCGCCACCGCAGAAGCAAAAGUCAAAGUUUUCCAUUAAAAAGUUUCUGCGCAUGGGCAGCAAUGGCGGCGGCGGCGGCAGCAGCAGCAAGUCCAGCGAUGCGCUGGCCAAAAAGGACGGCAGCGUCUACACAGAGAUCUGCACGGGUGAGGAGCAUGGAGUUGCCGGCAAGCCGCGCCUGGUCAUCAUACAUCCCAUUGACAUAAAUCCCACUGCUGUUGAGGUAGUCAAGGAUAUUACCAAGACGAGCGAUACGGUGGCAGCUCAAACGGUUGCUGUUGUGACCGCCAAGCCGCCGGCGCCACCACUGCGCGCUAGUGAGGGACAACGCUCGCAUGAGGCCAACAAGCCGGCACGCCCACCGCCGCCCAAAAGCGCCGAACUGCGCCGCAAGCAGAAGACCGAACUGAAGGCAACGCUCAGCGUCGAUGCCACAAGCAUAAGCGGCAAUUUAAAUGGCAGUGGCUCCAUCAAGUCCAAGGCGGACAAUGUCUACGCCAAUCUAGGCGAAAUACGCUCCUCAAUAGCGCCGCGUAAGCCCGAGCGCACGGCCAGCAUGCGGGAGCGCGAGGCACAGUUGGAAUUGGUACGCAAGCGCGGCGUCUUAACCGAUACUAUCUCCAUUUGCUCGUCAAACGGUGAGAACGUAUCAGCCGCCGAUCAGUCCAAGACAACCAACAGCAGCAGCAGCAACAGCAACAGCAACAUGGGCAUUGCUAGCGCCACGAACACAGCGUUGAACGUCAGCAACAGUCGCACCAGCACCUUUGAGCGUCAGCCCAAGAAGCUGGAGACCAAGCUGUCCAUCUCCAGCAAGCUGGAGAUCUUUGAGCAGCGCGCUCAGGACUCAAGCGAUAGUCAGCAGCAGCGCAGCAGUCUUAAGGAUUCAGUGCGCAAGAUCAACAGCACUAUCGACAGCUAUCUGAAGGACAAGCGUGACUACGAGAACUUGUACGAGUUUGUUAAAUUGGAAAAUGGCAACAGCAGCAGCGGCAGCAACAGUAACAACAACAAGCCGGCAAGCGCUAAGCUAGCAAUGGCAACAACAGCAACACCGCCGCCGCCACCAACACGCAGCAGCAACAUGGACUUGACAGCCAUGUCCGGCCAGCGACUGACGCAAAUCAAUCGACGCAACAACAACAACAGCAACAGCAACAACAUCUACUCGGACACGGCCUCCAUUGCCAGCUAUACGCGCAGCGAAUACGGCCCAGUGCGCAACUACGGACUACACAACAGCUUGGCCAACAUUCCACGCGUCAUCUCGGCCUCGUAUGCGGGCAGCGAGGUGGGCGAGUUCGACAUCUAUGCGCCGUACAGUUAUUACGGCAGCGAAGCUGGUGGAGAUGUCGCCACAGACAUCAACGACAGCGUCUGGGGCAUGCCAAUGGCUAACAAGAAUCGCAGCAAGGCCACAAAUCGUUUGCGCAUGCGCAAGGGACGCAGUGUCGUGCACAAGACCAUCGAGGAUAACUACACAGCCGUUGUGGUGGCCAAUCAUGAAGCACUUGCCCAGGUGCUAGACCAGCUACAACAAACACCAGUUGUGCCCGCCGCGCUGCGUCCGCUGGCGAAUGCAAUUAACUUGCGGUAUGAGGACUUUACCAUUCUCGAGGGCGCCCAGGCAUUUGUUGUGGGCAAGAAGGCAUUCCAUGCAGCCAUGUGGACCUCAGCGCCAGUUACGCUAGCGCUCUCCGCCGACUGCAAUCAGCUCUCGGGCGUAGGUGGCGAACUAAAUCAGUUGUCUGGCGGCGUCUGCGAUGUGCUCAAUCCCAUUACAGAGUUCUGCGAUCUGGUGCCCAGCUACCAGCUGCCUCUAAUUCCCAGCACAGAGAUAACGCUGCUGCAGGCCACAAUUUCAGUGCUGCCGCGUCUGCAGCUGGAGACGCUGCAAUCGAUUGGCGGCAUACUCAAAGGCAAAUCGCAGCUGCUGGACAAGAGCAACUUCAAUUUCCGUGGCUCCAUACCCAACCUGAGCGGCCUCAAGGAUGCAGCUGGCGCCAGUGCGCUGCGUAAUGUAGUUUCCGUACAAAAUUUGAGCACAUUGAAUGAAGAGGCGGCAGCCAGUGCCAAUGCGGAUGAGAACACAACAGCCAUGCCAGCCUUUGAUGAUGUCAUGACACGCGAGGUGGCAUUCAUUAUGCUGCAGCUGGUCAACGGCAUGAAGAACUUACAGGCCAAGGCCAUUGAGGAGACGCCGCUCAGCUUGUCCAAUGUGGUGCUGUCCAAGGACGUGGACAACAAGGACGCACAGGCGCGUCUCUGUGUGCUGCAAGGCAACAACAAUGACGAUGAGGAGCCCAUGGGCACGCUUUGCAAGUGCGCACAUGCUGCGCUCACUGAAAUGCUGCCGACCACAAAGAUUACGCCCAUUGUGGCAAGCAUUUUACAACAGGAGCGCGCAGAGUCGCUCUCCAAGGCCAAGGCAGUGCUGGAGUUUGUGCUCUGGGGUCCCUCGGACGUGGCGCUCACAGGCUCCAUCAAGGAGCGCGAGCUGGCAUUGCAGCGCUGGCUGGAUCUGGAGCGAGCCACUGUGCUUCAUGGUCUGGUGCGCACACGCAUCGAGCUGACUGUCUACGAUGAGUGUCACCUGAUGUUCCUGGUGCGCUCCACAGCCAAAAUGAUGAAUGAUGCGGCCAAGAUCGUCUGCGAUUACCAGCAGCAGCAGCAGCAGCCACCACAGGCGUCCCAGGAGUAGUCUUAGUUAUUAUUAAACUCUGAGCAAAGGUUAAUAAUAUUUAUUACGCGCAACUGUCAUAGUCUAGAAAUAUGCAAUACAUUUUUAUCGAAAGCUAAAUAAUUAACCUAAUACGAUGCAGCCUUAAAUACGAUACGUAAACGAUACGAUAUAACUCUUUACACAAUUCUUUGCCUAGCGUGCCAAAUGAACUUUGCACGAAAAUUGUCUUGUAAAAACUUCAAAAUCCAAAUAGAUUAUAAUCUAAGCUUAAGCACUUACUUUAAGCAAAAACUAUUUAUACAUAUUUACUUACUG